UGCUUCUCCCCUGCUUUCUCAUCGUCAGUCUCUGUCGCCGAUCCACCAAAACCCUAAUGGCUUCCCGCCUCCUCCACCUCCGCCGCCUUCUCCCGGCCGCGCGCCCGUCCGCCGCCGCCGCGUUCUCCACAUCCGUCACCCCGACCCCGCGGGUCUCCGGUCUCGUAGACGAGAUCUGCGGCCUCAACCUCCUCGAGGCUUCCUCCCUCGCCGACGCCCUGCGCGGCCGCCUCGGCGUUGACCAGCUCCCUCCCCUAGCUAUCCUAAUGGGCGGAGCAGCUCCGCUGGCCGGCGAUGGCGCCGCUGGGGCGGCCGGCGAGGAGGCAAAGCCGAAGGAGGAAAAGAUGGCGUUCGACGUGAAGCUGGAGGGGUUCGACGCCGCGGCCAAGCUUAAGAUCAUCAAGGAGCUGAGGGCGUUCACGAGCUUGGGCUUGAAGGAGGCCAAGGAGCUCGUGGAGAAGGCGCCGGCCGUGCUGAAGGCCGGAGUGCCCAAGGAGGAGGCGGAGGGCAUUGCUGAGAAGUUGCGGGCACUGGGCGCCAAGAUUGUUCUCGAGUGAGAGGACCAGAUCUCUGUAAGCGCCUGCUCCUUCGCCCUUGACAGGCAUGUGUCAUACACUUCUAUUGCAGUCAAAGAAAGUUCACCCUUUGCCUCAGUGGUUGCUAAUUUGCCAUUAGCCCUGGUACAAUCAUAUGAAGAGAAAAGGCUUCAUCAAUGUGCAUGAACAAGAGCAGAUAGCAUGGACAGAGUGAAAGAUGGAAAUACUGCAUACAUAUGCAACUUUGAAGACACCAUUCAAGCUUAACCUCUGGUUUAAAUGGAUUGAAGCAUCUUCUAUAAAGGUCGGCUAACUUAUGACUAUAUUUAUGGUAAUUGUCAUCAUCUUCCUGCUUCUGUUUGAGUCCCAAUGGAAGCUGUGCUUUGUACCAUCCUGAUUGUCCUACCAUUUAGGUCAGAGAUGAUAUAUUCAUAUACUAGACAACGAUAUGUGCCCUUUUGCCUGUGGAAGUUUGGAGGAAGCAAGGCACACAUUCUUCUGACCUUGCAGUGCCCGGAUCUGUAACAUGUUAUAGAUAUUCAGUUUAGGAGGAACCGUAUUCUGGUGAACACAUAAUGCGUUGAUUAUUAGGUGAACCUUGUGUGUUUUGUGUCUGUUUUGGUUAUGUAUCGUGCACCAAUGUAUUGUAUUGCAGAACUAUGGGCGUUGGUACC